AUGGCGGCGGAGAUGGUGCUGAGCCACCGGGUGCCCCACAACGUGCUGAGUGAGGCCGACCUGGAGGAGGUGGCGCAGCGGAAACCUCCUGCCAAGCCCUCGCUGCGUGGCUGUCUCCGCAAGACCAGAUGCUCGGCCUCUACCGCCAAGUCCCUGCUCUUUCGAUUCCUGCCCUGCCUGGACUGGCUGCCCCGCUACCCAGUCAAGGACUGGCUCCUGGGGGACAUCGCCUCGGGCUUCAGCGUGGGCAUCAUGCACCUGCCCCAGGGUCUCGCCUACGCACUGCUGGCCGGGCUGCCGCCUGUCACUGGUCUCUAUUCCUCCUUUUACCCCGUCUUCCUCUACUUCUUCUUCGGGACGUCCAGGCACAACUCCGUGGGUGCCUGUGGACCUCAGAGAGGUCCUGGUGCUGAUCUUGGGCUCUCUGCCCACACCUGCCUGUCCCCAGGCCCCUUUGCUGUCAUCUCCGUCAUGAUCGGGAGUCUGACAGACUCCCUGGUGCCCAGUGAGAACUUCCUGGAGUCCGUCAACGGCACCAACAUCACGAUGGUCAAUGAGGAACAGCGUGACGCUGCCAGGGUGGAGCUGGUGGCCACCAUCACUGUCCUGACAGGCAUCUUCCAGGUGGCCCUGGGCUUCUUGCAGUUUGGCUUCGUGGUGACCUAUCUCUCGGACCCACUGGUGCGUGGCUAUACCACUGCUGCCUCUGUGCAUGUCCUCGUCUCCCAACUCAAGAACGUCUUUGGGGUCUCCCUGGGCGAGCACUCAGGGCCGCUCUCGCUGUUCAUGACCUUCAUCGAGAUCUGCCAGAAGCUGCCAGACACCAAUGUGGGCACGCUGGUGACAGCCAUCAUUGCCAUGGUGGCCAUCUUCAUCGUGAAAGAGCUCAACCACAAAUUCGCUGCCAAGCUGCCCAUGCCCAUCCCCAUCGAGCUUGUCACGAUCAUCAUCUCUACCGGCAUCUCCUACGGCGUCAACCUGAACGCCAAGUUUGGCAUCUCCGUGGUGGGCAACAUCCCCAGCGGGUUGAAGGCGCCUGUGGUCCCUAACGUCAGGUACUUUGGGCAGGUGGCGGGCAAUGCCUUUGCCAUUGCUGUGGUGGGCUACGCCAUCUGCAUCUCCCUGGGCAAGAUCUUUGCCCUGAAGCAUGGCUACAAAGUGGACAGCAACCAGGAGCUGAUCGCGCUGGGCCUCUGCAACUUCCUGGGGGGCUUCUUCCAGUGUUUCGCCAUCAGCUGCUCCAUGUCGCGGAGCCUGGUGCAGGAGAGCACAGGGGGCAACAGUCAGGUAGCUGGUGUCAUUGCAUCCCUGGUCAUCCUGGUGACCAUUCUGAAGAUCGGAGAGCUCUUCCGGGACCUGCCCAAGGCCAUCUUGGCUGCCAUCAUCAUCGUCAACCUCAAGGGCAUGUUCAAGCAGUUCAAUGACCUCCGCGUGCUCUGGAAGUCCAACCGGGUGGACCUGAUGGUCUGGAUUGUGACAUUUGUGGCCACCCUCAUGCUGAACUUGGACAUUGGCCUGGGGGCCUCGGUGGUCUUUGGACUGCUCACCGUCAUCUUCCGCACCCAGCUCCCCCACUACUCCAUCCUGGGGCGCAUCGCCGACACUGAUGUCUACAGGGACGUGGCUGAAUACCAGAUGGCACAGGAGGUCCCCGGUGUGAAGAUUUUCUGCUCCUCCUCCACCCUCUAUUUUGCCAACGUGGAGCUGUACGCCGAGGCCCUGAAGAAGAAGAGCGGCAUCAACGUGGACCGCCUGAUCGAGAAGAAGAAGAAGGCCCUCAAGAAGCUGAAGAAACAGCAGAAGAAAGCUGAGAAGGCGAAGGCAAAGAGGCAAAAGGUGCUUCCCCAUUGCAGGGGACCCCUCUGGACUCCUUCCCUUCCCCAGGGUGCGGAGGACAGGGUUAACGGUCCGGGCGUGGCGGUGAUCGAGCUGAGCGGGGCGGAGGGCAGCGGACCACCAGAGCCCCCCCUGCGCAGCCUGGGGCUGCCCCAGCCCGGCUUCCACGCCAUCAUCCUGGACUUCAGCUCUGUCAACUUCGUGGACACCGUCUCCAUCAAGAUCCUGAAGAAUAUCUUCAGGGAUUUCCGUGAGAUAGAAGUGGACGUCUUCGUUGCCGGCUGCCCGGUGCCCGUCCUCACCCAGCUGGAGCAGGGCAACUUCUUCAGCUCGGCCAUCACCAAGCACUGCUUCUUCCCCUCGGUGCACGCCGCCAUGACCCACAUCAGCAGGGAGCGGCACCAGGCCUCGGCAGCUUUAUUGACUUUGACAAGGAACCGAGGUGCUGCCACCUAUGCCCAGACACUCCAUAAUAUCCCUGAGACCCAAGUCACCACUCUGGACAAUGGUCUCCGUGUAGCUUCAGAGGAGUCCAAUCAGCCAACAUGUACGGUGGGUGUGUGGAUUGGGGUAGGGAGCCGCCAUGAAAACGAGAAGAACAACGGGGCUGGUUACUUCCUGGAACAUCUGGCCUUUAAGGGCACAAAGAAGCGUCCUUGCGCUGCCUUUGAGAAGGAGGUGGAGAGUAUGGGUGCUCACCUGAAUGGGUACACCUCACGGGAGCAGACUGCCUAUUACAUAAAAGCCUUGUCCAAGGACAUGCCCAAAGUUGUAGAGCUUCUGGCUGAUAUUGUGCAGAACUGCGCACUGGAGGAGUCUCAGAUCGAGAAGGAACGUGGUGUCAUCCUUCAGGAGUUGAAAGAAAUCGACAACGACUUGACCGAUGUUACCUUUGAUUACCUUCAUGCCACUGCUUUCCAGGGGACUGCACUGGCCCGCACUGUUGAGGGGACCACAGAGAACAUCAAGCAUUUGACUCGAGCAGACCUAGCUUCAUAUGUUGAUACUCACUUCAAGGCACCUCGUAUGGUCCUGGCAGCUGCUGGAGGUAUUUCCCACAAAGAGCUGGUAGAUGUAGCUAGGCAACACUUCAGUGGAGUGCCUUUUACAUACAAAGAUGAUGCUGUGCCUAUCCUCCCACGCUGUCGCUUCACAGGGAGUGAGAUCCGUGCCAGAGAUGAUGCUCUGCCCGUUGCCCAUAUUGCUCUUGCUGUGGAGGGGCCAGGAUGGGCUGAUCCAGAUAAUGUUGUCCUCAAUGUGGCUAAUGCUAUCAUUGGACGCUAUGACCGCACGUUUGGAGGUGGCAAGAAUCAGUCCAGCAGGCUGGCUACGCUUGCUGUGGAGCAUAAUCUCUGCCACAGUUUCCAGACGUUCAACACCUCUUACUCUGAUACCGGCCUCUUCGGUUUCCAUUUUGUUUCUGAUCCUCUGUCCAUAGAUGAUAUGCUGUAUUGUGCUCAGGGGGAGUGGAUGCGUCUGUGCACUAGUACCACAGAGUCAGAGGUGAAGAGAGCCAAGAACUAUCUCCGAAAUGCCAUGGUGGCUCAACUGGAUGGUACUACACCAGUGUGUGAGAAUAUUGGAAGCCAUCUCUUAAACUACGGACGCCGUAUCCCUCUGGAGGAAUGGGAUGCCAGGAUCGCUGCCGUUGAUGCAAGAAUGGUGAGAGAGGUCUGCAGUAAAUACAUUUAUGACAAAUGCCCAGCAAUUGCAGCGGUUGGUCCCAUUGAACAGCUCUUGGAUUACAACCGUAUCCGCAGUGCCAUGUACUGGAUCCGUUUCUAGGACGUGUCCCUGCAGGUUGGAAAUAGUGAAGCUGUGGACUGUGACAGGUUCCCUCUGGCUCUGAAUGUCUUGUGCGCCAGGGGCAAGAUGAAUCCCAUCAAAAUGGCUGCCUUCUCGAUGUUAAAUGUAUAAAAAUAAAUAUAUCCUAUAUGGAGUUGGUUCUGCUGAG